AUUUUUUUAGAUGUUUACUUGUUGAGGAAUUGAGAAUUUUUUUAAACUUAAAAUUUAUUUAGUAAUUAUAUUACCAUGGAUAUUAAUCAAUCAGCAAGAAAAAAGAUACGAAAUAUAAAAUCCAGAAUGAAUGACAUUCGAUUGGAAGGUCCAGAUGGAUUGUGGUCAUGGAUUGUGGCGCUUGCAUGCGGCGCUGUCAUGUUCAUUUUUGUGGGAUUUGUAAGACUUUCUGGCAUGAUGUUCGUGUCUGUCCUGGAGACUUUCCAAGUGGACAGAAACACGGCUGCAAGACCCUUCUGUACUCAUUACUCUGUGGUGUCAAUUCUAGGUCCCAUUGGAGGAAUGCUGUGCCAGAAGUAUGGGGCUCGACGUAUCUCUAUUAUUGGAGGAGCUGUGGCCAGUACAAGUGCAGCUCUUUGUUUCUUCGCACCGAAUGUUGCUUGGAUAACGUUUUUAUGGGGUAUUUUGAAUGGUUCCGGCGUAGCACUUUCCACCAUAGCUGUUAGAGUAAUAAUCGGCCAAAACUUUGUUAAACAUCCUACUUCAGCAUUAGGAUUAGCUUCAUCAGGAGGAUGCGUAGCACCAUUUGCCCUUAGCCUAUUUCUAGAAAUGUUGCUUUUCAAUUACGGCAUACAUGGAGCAUUUCUCAUCAUAGGUGCCAUCAGUUUGCAUACGAUACCAAUCUCCAUGAUAUUCAGAAAGCCAUCAUGGCUGAAAGCUUCUAUCACUCUUUCUGAUCAUCAGGAUGAAGAUGUCGAUAAAAAUGUUUUACCAAUCCAAUUGCCAUAUGAAACAAACGACGUAGAUCGUAAAGUAGCACAGAGAUUUGGCCUAUUUAAAACUAAUUUAGAUAAAGAGAGAAAUUUUCCAGAUCUUUCGUUUUUAAGAAAACAUAGAGAUGUAGUCUUUCAAAUAUUUGAAACAGAAAAUAAGACAUAUAAUAAUUUCAAUUUUCCAUCAAAAUGCAGUUUAGAUGAAUUGGAAGAUAUUUAUUGUCUAGUUGAAGAGUAUUAUGAAAUUCUGCUUUCUAUUCAAGGUUCGCAAUUUCUUGAAGGUAAUAAUUAUUGUGAGAAGUCUGGAGAAAGCAGAAUGGAAAGAUUUAGUAUUCAAGAUGCAGAGAAUGUUGUAUCAGAUCCACUUUUAGAACAAAGAAAUAGUAAAGUCAUAGGAGAAAAUUUACCUAAACAUAUAUUGAUGAAAUUGAGAUACAUCAGAAAUAAUCAGACAGAAAUUUUCCUUUCUUUCCCUGAAGAAAUUAAAUCAAAUAUUGCAAAACUAUUACAAGAAAUGAAUAAACUUGACUCUUUCGUGCAGAAAAUUGUUGAUAUCGACAGAGAAAUAAAUGGCGAGGAUUAUAGCGACCUGGAGACAGAGUUGGCUCUUUCAGUGGAUACUACUCCAACAAAGCAGCAUGAACACAGUCCAAAUUCCCUUAAAGGACUCUUAAAAACGUUAUUACUUCUUUACAGCAAACCUUUGUUUCUGAUUCUCACAGUAAACAGAGUAAUUUCUUUUAUUGGAACACAUUCAUUAUUUACUAUUAUUGUGGAUUUCGUCAUGGACAAAGGUUUUACUGAAGGAGAUGGAAGGCGUGCUUUGGUUGUCACAACUUUGGGGGAAGUGAUUGGUAGAUUAUGCCUCGGCUGGGUGACUGACAACGGUUAUGUAUCAGUGCCUAAAUAUAUGUUGCUUGUUACUGUAAUACGUAGCACAGUCACUAUUUAUUUACCUUUUAUAAAUUCAUAUACCAACAUGUUGAUAAUGCUGACCGCCAUUGGUGUUCUCCAAGGUUCCGUGUAUGUUCAGUUGUACGGUAUAGUGUCAAAAUACAUGGAAAGUCAUGAAAAGUCUGUAGCCACGGGUUGUAUAAAUUUACUUCCUGGUCUUCUGGGAUUUGGGCUUCCAGCAUAUAUUGGUUACUUUAGAGAUACAAUAGGAAGUUAUUAUUAUAUAUUUUAUAUUAAUGGUGCUUUCGGAUUGAUUUUGGGAUUACUGUGGAUUUUGAGUUCUUACUUGCCUGGAACUCCCUUUAGAAAGAGCUGUUAACAGAAAAAAAAAAUCAGCAGACGUAGUGUGAAAAAAACAACCCUGAAACAACGCAUUUAAUGGAUUUCGCUGAUACUACUUAAACAGAUUCAGAUGAAAAUUGAUAAAUAUAACGAUAAAAGCACAAAAUAUUGAACGAAAGCUAUGCAAGAGCAAAACAAGUUUUGAAGAUAAAUGAGAUAUGGAAUUACGAGAAGCAAGAUUCGAAUUUAAGACAAAGUUUCGUAAUUUUAAAGUGAUUUUUUAAAUUACAAUAUACAUUUUUGAAGCAAGAAAGAUUUUAACUUAAACAGAUAAGUCUUAGUUCUCAACUGAUUUCAAUGGAGAUUGUUUUCAUGGCGUCACAAGACUACAACAAACAUAAAUACACGCUUCAUCCAACAUCUGGCAAUAUGUUACUUGAAUUGUAAUGAAAAUAAUUUUCUCCUAUAAAACAUGGAAUGGAUUUCAAUUGAAUGAUGUAUAAUAACUUUGGUUUUAUAUACAUGAUUUGCUUCUAGUUAUAUAAGCUAUUUUUAAUUCCAUCUAUUGGAGUAUCUCUUAAUUUUUGGUGUUUUUCCUAAUAAAAACCUUGUGGGAAUCUGAAAAUGGAACUACGCAGAAACAACUAUUUUAUUGGUAUCUUAUAAUUUUAAUUUAACAUGAUAAUAUUGUCACAUUUUAGUUUGGAUCCGGUGUCCUAAUGGUUAGAACACUACUCUACCAUACGAGAGGACCCGAGCUCACACCCAAGAACGAUUGUUUACAUUUUUCAUGCAUUUAAUUUCUGCGCAUUUAAUACAUAUAAAUAUUCUCCCUGGUUGAGUGUUCUAGAAUAUUCCUCUAGGUGUAUAAAAAGACUACAGCUGAAUAAAAAUUCAGUGGUAGUGUCGUCCGUGUAAAGUACUACGGCAAAAUAAAUCUGUUUUGAAAUGA